ACCUGCCCCAGCGCUCCCGCCCCUGCUAACGCCGUAAACAUCCCUUCUCUCCCAUCAUUCUCUACCACCUCGACAUCCUCUCCGAGGCGCCGACGUAGCCUUCGCCAUACCUACACACGCAUCACCCGCACCAUACGUACGCAUUUACAUACGUACAACACACUCACCACACGUUCUUUAAUCCUCCCUUCAACUGGAUCGUUGCGAUUAGUACACACACGCGCGCUCUCGUCCCUCCGUCGUGACCAUCGGCGCCCUACCUACCUACCCUUCCCACCAAUACCGUCGGGUCCCGAUCGGGUGCCUUUUUUUCCUCCUUCUUUCUUUGCUCGGCGCACCCCGGUGCUGUCUCUUGUAUUCUGAAUUCCCGGGCUUCGAUCCAGGCACGGACCGACCAGGACAAUGCGACCUUUGAUCCUACAUAACGUCCCGGAUGAGGAGCUCUAUACUGGUGAUGAUGGCAUUCAACGCCCUUACGCCAUGAUCUGGCCCGAAGGCGACCGCCAGCGACCCCUUCCGCGCACGCGCGUACGGGAGAUUACCGAGACCGGGUCUUUUGGCAAGUCGACGAGGAGAUCGCGAUCGCGGACUGGCAGCCAACCGCCGAAACGCGAAGAUGCUACCAUGCAAAACGCGGAUAAAAUUUUUUCGAAUUAUAUUGCCAGCCGACAGCAGGCCUCUAACGCCGCGGCGGCGACGACGUCCGGAACCACCCCUUCCCCCCCUUCGCAGCGCAAGUCGAGUUAUCUAGGACAACCCGUCGCGCCCCCGGCGGAGGAGGUUACCUCCACCACCCAAGCCUCGACCUACCGGAAAGAGCCUACCGAAAUCAUCCUAAGGGGCUACGCUUCGCCCUCGCAACAGUAUGCUGCCAUAAACCAUUACGAACAGUUGGCGGGGAGGAUAUGCGAAGACUACUCGAGAGAGCCGCCGAUGGAGUCGCGAAGAUACAAGUCCGAUCUGCGAGACCCUGCGCUGACCAGGCGAAAACCAUUAUCGCCAGCCGAAAGAGCGAAGGUGAAUCGAAUUGCUAGCGGCGAGCAUUGGGUCAAGAUUACAUUCGAGUCGUCCGAGGCAGCAGACACUGCGCUGUAUGCGUCUCCGCAGAAGAUUCUGGGCUACCUGGUCUAUGCCGAACCCUUCCGCAACCUGCCUCCUAAGGAAGAUGCUGCAGUGCUUGAUGUAGCGGGAGAUGCCGGCAUGCUCGGCCCGUUUAGGACUAAGUCUUUCGGAGCCCCGUCGAGACAACCAUCUCAAACACGCGCGGAGAAAGGUGCGGCGUUUUCCAACUACUCAUUCCCAUCGAACGACCGAGCGGAAAGGACCGAAGCGCAAAAAGAGUCUCCCACCGGGUCCCAAACCUCCACUCAGACUAUCGACACGGCCACCGCCUCGACGGCCACCGUGACCGGACCCGCCGCGGAUGCGCAGCAAAACAAGGAGCAGCAGGACAGCGCGUACUGCCGACGGAUCCCCGAAGCCCGACGAGUCAAACUCCUGCCGGCCGACCAAGCACUGGCGCCGCAGAAGACCUGGCAGCAGCGAAUACUCAUGUGGAUUCCCUUGCUCGCGUGGUUCGGCGGCUCCAUGAUCGGAAACGAGGUGCCCCGGAACGAUGUUGGAGAGUUCGACUUCAACCGGGCGAGCCUGUACUGGAAGAUCAUGUUCUACCUCGACCUCUGGUUCGGUCUCUUCGGUCGUGAACUCGUCAGUGGCGAUAAGGACGACUGACUUGUCUAUCGACGCGUCCGGAUUUUUUUUCUCCCGUUUUAAGAAGCCAGAAUCUUUUUUUUUCUUUUUCAUCGCGUGUAUAUUCACAUUACUCACAUAUAACGAGGAGGACCAAGGGGGCUAACCACCUAACGGGCCGCCUCACGGUUCAGCGGACGGAGGAGGCACAGGGAGCCCACACUACACGCAUUAGCCGGGUUUGACGAGAAAUCAUUUGUAAGGAGUUUUACCAGGAUCGGACAAAAAGGAGAGAGAGAGAAGGACUCGUGGAUGGAGAAGGGCCAGCAUGUGUUUUUUUUUUUUUUU